AUGCCAAAUGAACUCCCUCCUGUGAAAGAACAAUGUCAGUCUUCAGAGCCGGCCGAGUACCCGAGCAGCCCGGCACUUCCUGGACCGUCUUCUAGUUCUGCCCAUACUUCCUCUGCCCGUCCCGGAGAUGUGGGACCUCAUAGACAACAUGGCCUACUGCAUAUCGACCGCAAGCAGAUCCAGGCCGUGGACUCAGCUGAUCAGGCUUCGGAGUUGCAGGGAUUGGGCUUGGCGGUGUACGAUCAGGAUGUCCUGGAGCGCGGAGUCCUCCAGCAAGUGGAUGAGGCCAUUAAUGAAGCCUCUCGGGCUGCACAGAUUGCUGAAGCAGAAAAAGAAAAACAAGAUCUUUUGGAUGAGUUACGUUCCUGUGUCACCUCCUUGCGCCAAAUCGACAAGAUCAUUGAACAGCUUGCUCCACAAGCUGCAGUCUCCAAAGAAAUUGCUCGAAAACUGGAGUCUGUAAAACGACAAAAACAUAAUAAAGAUCAGCAACUGAAGAAGAUUAAAGCUAAACAGAGACGCCUGGCUGCCGUGUUGGGAGAGAAUCAAGAGGAGAUGGAUGUAGAGCAAGAUAGUUUAGGCGAUACAGAAGAUGUGUUGACCACCUCAUUGGGUAGUAUGUUGAUGCCUUGCCAAGAUAGCGAGUGGGAAGAUCUUAUCCGUACUGGACAGAUGACCCCAUUUGGCACAAAAGUUAUCCCAAAAGAAGAUCGCAAACCAAGACGCCUGAUGCUCAAUGAGGCUUCAGACUUUGAAAAGUACCUUGCUGAUCAAGCACAGAUGGCGGCUCAUAGAAAACGUAAAUUUACUCCCAAAAAAGAGAAAAAGAAACCAGUAGUACAAGAAGACCCCACAAAAGUAAAUAAAGCAAAUAAACAUAUUAGCAUUCCAAAUGCUGAGAAGAGAUUGAAAAAGAAGAUUAGGAAAUUGCAGAAAAAAGCUUUUCAGACUCAAUUCAGGACAGGAGUUCUGCGUAAAAAACGUUAUAUCCCUGAAGGAGAUAGCCAAGGAGAUGAUAGUGAGGGAUCUGUUUGCACAUCUGCGAUUAAAGAGGAGAGCUUUGAUGAGGAUGAUGAGGAAUGGGUGCAGGAUAGCCCAGGCUCUGAUUACGAGUUGAAACCUCUGCCUCGGAAAGCAAUUACCAAAAGACUUCCGCAUCCAGUUUUAGAUCCAGAGUUUCUUCCAAGUUCUGAUGAAGAAGAGACCAACAGGGGAAAGGAUAGACGGUGUAGAGAUGAUGGAAAUUUCAAGUACUACAAGCAUCGACUUCGACAGUGGCAAAAGCAGCUAUCUAAAGAGGCAGAGCAGCGUAUAACAGCUGAUGAGUCAGAGGACAGUGAUGUGGAGUUUGAUGAAGGUUUUCAAAUACCUGGAGUUCUGUGGAAGAAGUUGUACAAGUACCAGCAGACAGGUGUUCGGUGGCUCUGGGAACUGCAUUGCCAGCAGGCAGGAGGCAUUCUGGGAGAUGAGAUGGGAUUGGGCAAAACGAUCCAGAUAAUUGCUUUUCUGGCAGGCCUAAGCUCCAGCCGGAUAAGGACGCGAGGCUCUGAUUACAGAUAUGAAGGUCUGGGUCCCAGUAUUAUUGUG